UUUGGUAACAGGCUGCACUAGGGGCCACAUGACAACCACCAGAGCAGAAAUGGAAAAUGUCAAGAAGGGAAUGCCUGGAGAAUAACCCUCUCCCUCUUCACCUUCUUCCACAUGUCAUUGGCCUACUCAAGAAUCUCUCCUGGUACUCAGCCCUUCACAGACUGACAGCAGCUGCACAAGCCUACAAUGACAACGUGGACCUUUCAGUGGACAAGUUCCCACUCAGUGAAGAGCACGAGGAACAAAGGAAACCUCUGCUCCAGAAGGACAACCCAUCUGCUCCAAGGAUGCCACACAAAUCGACCAAAGGAGUUCAGCUGAAGACAAAGAACCAGAAGCUCUUUCCCAUUGGCUCAUCAACCAGCAGCAUACAGGGAGACCACCCCCAGGGCAGGAGGAAGAAAGCCAUGAUGCAGAGCACAGAGUCAAUCCAGCCCAUGGUCUACUUCUCACCACGGAAGGUCCCUUCCGUCUCAGUGACAGAUAAGGAGAGCAGUUCUCUGUCUAGCAAGGAGAAGGAAUGUGCGCUCAGUGCAAAGCAGCUCCCAUCCACAAAGCCAGUCAUCAGAGCCUUCAGGAAAUCUCUGGAUACUACGAUUCCCAUGGUGUCACUCAUAGGACAGAAGAGUGCUCAGUCUAAAUAUGACUCCAAGUAUAUGUCCUACCUACCUACCACGGCUGAUAUGCAGCUUAGGAGAUUCUGGGGCAGUAGAUGCAGUAAUUAAAGGAAACA